AUGCCCGACUUUAGUGCAACAGCUGUUUGCCUCUACUCCCAGGAUGGAGAUCUCCAGGGGCCUGGGUCUCCCAAGGCACAUGGUGGUCCCUCUUCUGGGCUUCUCACCUCUGCCCCAGCUUAUGCUGCAAAACUCCAACAACUUGAUCUCAAAGCUGUUGGACCCAUCUCUACGAUUGAAAACAUAGAUGCCUGCUUGAAUUUCCUGGCAGCUAAGGGAAUAAACAUCCAGGGGCUAUCUGCAGAAGAAAUCAGGAAUGGAAACCUCAAGGCCAUUCUAGGCCUCUUCUUCAGCCUCUCCCGGUACAAGCAGCAGCAGCAGCAGCCCCAGAAGCAGCACCUCUCCUCACCCUUGCCUCCUGCCGUGUCCCAGGCGGCUGGGACCCCCUCCCAGUGCCAGGCUGGCACUCCUCAGCAACAGGGGCCAGCCACUCCCCAGGCCCCGUGCCAGCCUCACCAGCCAGCACCGCAUCAGCAGUCCAAAGCACAAGCUGAGAUGCAGUCCAG